CACAAAUGGUACAACUUGUAAAAUAAAUUAGUUGCAGCAGAGAAGUAAUUUAUUUCGCGUGAAAUCAGCUCGCUUUUAUAGCAAUCUUAUACCGGCAAACAAUCGGUCUUUUCUUCUCGAAUGCUGCAUGCUCGCAUUUAUAAAGCAUUGGGUGAUACAAAAAUCGAGGAAUAACUUGGCGAUAGACUGCAGACGUCUCGUAAUCGCGAAAUUCGUGAUCACCUUGGUAAUUGGCGAAGGCGAAAAAAUGGUGAGAAAUAAUGGCAAAACCGAUACACCGUGCAUCCAGGUCAGUGCAGCCAACGCGCUUUUAAAACCUGGAUAAAUGACACACACGACGAAUCGUACGCAAGUAAAUACGGUUACUGAAUAUUCUUACGCCGGCGCAGGUUUUCGCCGAGAAGGUCUACUAUUUUAAGCGCGUCAGUCACGAGGAUUGAAUCCCCGAGGAACCACGCUUCGCUUCCUCGGCACUCGACGAGCGGUCUAACUUCUAUCUUAACUAUUCCGAUACAGCCGCCCUCCGAGAAGUCGGUUACAAGUCGUGGAACACGAAGGAUUGUCAGAUUCGCAAUGUCGUUUGGCUGGUGUUGAGCAUCGUGAGUGGUGAAAAAAUAACGAGUCUGAAGCUAUCGUCGAGUUGUGCAAAAUGGCGGAUGCUUGUCGCGAUCGAUAUAGCGUCGGGUCUUUUGCGUAGACGAAAAGGCCGGCAAAUAAAACGUCUCGCCGGAAAUCAGCUGAAUAUUUCCUCGUGCAAUCGAGCAGCAUAGGAGAAAUAAAGACCGAGCUGCCGAUAUUCCAAGGAAUCAUUCCGAAGGAUUAAAUAAUCCCGGAGAACGGAUGGACUGGAUUUUGCUCGUAUCGUAGUCGCGAAUCAUCGAACGAGGUAGAGAGGCAACAGUAAUUCCCCUCUUCUUGACAACCGAACUUUACACUUAGCAGAUGGCACGAAAAAUUGGCUGCAUAGGAAAAUGUACAAUCGGCUUGUCACUCGAAGACCUCAGUCGGAUCACGCAAAACAUUGAACAAACAUUGAGCGAUCCGACCGGGAGAUAUAUACUGAGGAAGUACCUGAUACAGGGUGGACGACGCGAUGAUCUAGCCUGUCUCGAUUAUUACGAGACGUGUAGCAGGAUCGUCUCCAAGGAGGAAUCCUCGGUAUCUCCGACGAACAGCCCGAGCGAAGAAUUUACCGAGAAAUAUGUCUCGGCGACAUACGAAGCGGCGGAACUUGACGGGAUACCGGAAAUCACUUUAGCGUUGCUGGAGCGUUUUUCUGAGGCUCAGAACGGCGGACAGCGGGACGUUAUGCUGGAAGUCCUCAAGGAUGCGAUGACUUGCGCGUCUGAUCAUCUCCGGAAAUCGCAUACCGCGUUUUCGCGAUACGCACAACAGCCUUGUCCGAGAACCAAAUGACAUCCGGAGACUGAAUUGCGGGCGAAAUAUUAAUCAUCGGCCGUGCUGAGAGGAUUCGGAUCGCAGGUUUUACUGUUUCGAAACAGGGGUUCGUCUCGUCGUGAAUAUAAGUGAUGAGUGAUAAGUCCUCGCAGAUGUUCAACCAGACACAAAAUGAUACUCGCGCUAUUGUCGGUGCCAUCCGAUCAAUUAUCGAAGGAAGUGACUUUUUAGCGAACUGCAGAAUUGUUUGAAUGUAUAAUGCGUUACGAAUACACGUUCAGGAAACCCGUCUAUUCUUUACGUUUGUAAAAUACUAAACUGCCGAUAAACAUAUUUUCUACAUUCGUUGUUUAUAAUCCUGGUGCAUUUAAUUUUACAAUCUAUAAAUCUACGAUUCUCAAUGAACUGUGAGUAUCUCUGGCUACUCGUACCUUUGGCGGAAAGGAUAUGCGAGCCAUAAAAAUGGCACAAGGUAAAGACGAGCCACGGAAAUUUGUUUAUCACAUUUCAAUAGCACUAUAAAACUGGUCCGAAUUUAUUUCGUUGAACAAACGACCGGAACCUAGGUAACCAAAGUCGUGAAUUCUGUGAGAAAAAUACUCCAAAGUAUUAACAUUGUAAGGUAAUAUCAAAAAAAAAAUAUAUGUAUGUGGUUCUGAUUCGUCUGGCACGUUUUUGGAAUCUUGAAUAAACGACGCGUUUUAUGUUGUGAUUACCGUUGUAGAAUUUAUGAUGUAAAAUGUAGAAAAAAACUGCGUCUCAGACUCGAUUACUGGCUGAAAGUAUAAGAAAUCGACACAUGUACAAUUUUGAAAAAAACAAAAGAAAAAAGUACAAUAAAGUUUCUACUUGUAGUUCUUGACACGCCUCGUAUUAUUGAAUCAGAUAAAAUUAUCGGUAACCAUUCUCGCAAUCCCCGCAUUUACUCUUUCCUUCCGUUAUCCAGUUGUAACCAUCGGCAGGUGCUGCUGUAUUUCUUUAAUGCGGUGGCGUCUUGAACCGUGAGAAAAGCGCCGGCGGUCGGUACACGUGGAACUUUGAAUCAAAUUGCCAGUUGAUUCAAGUGUUGCUAGCUUAUCAUUUUUACUCACAUGUAUAUGUAUACUUGUAAUAACUCAAAAGACGCUAAUUUUACGCAGAAUUAUAAUUACUGUGGAUUUCGAGAGUUCGUUGAUUUGUUCCAUUUACUAAAGCAGAAAUUUUUGAUUAGUCAGAUUGUUCAAAUGGGCCCCUUAGUAGUUUGACGUCAAAGUUCGAAAAAUAAUCAUAGUCCAUUCUCUAGAUUUCUGGAAUUUCUAAUUUUCGUCAAUCAAAUACAAAAUAUCAGUAAAACCAGAUGCCUUGGAUGACCUAUCCCAAAAACGCUCAGCGGAUCAACAAUAUCGAAGACACUUUCACUUAUGUUUCACGUAUGUUGUAUUAUGUACUCUAUCACGAAUAAUUGGUCUUGUUCAACUCACGGUCUUUAAUAAACGUGAAACGCACACUGUAACUUUAUUGUUAGACGAAUAGAUCGAAACGCGUGAUCAGAAUCACCGAUUGAGUCUGCAACCACGUAUAAUGAUCGUACUUCGACGAUUAAUUAGUUGGACAAUAAAAGACGAAGAUUAAAAUCAAUGAAAUAACGGUGUCGUAAUCGGUUAUAGGGCUGUAAGUAGAUUGCCCAAUUUUUUUUUACCUAUUGCCACUUAUACACGUUCGAGUCAAUUUGAUUCUUAUACAUUGGAAAAUAUCCACUGAGCAAUUUAGUUCUAAAUUGUUAUUAUUUACCGCAGUUGUUGCAAUCGUUGAGAGGGGAAUGGGUUUGAUCCAGGUAGAUAGACAGAGAAGGCAAGAGAUUUUAUAAAAUACAUAUAUAUAUAUAUAUAUAUAUUUUUUUUUAUUUUUUAUUAGGUCAUGCUUAGAAUGUAUAUAUAUAUGUACAUAUAUUACAGUUGUAGCGAUACAUAAUUCACUUUCUUUUUCUAUUUAUUUUUAUUUUCCUCUGCUUUUUCCCCCCCUUUCUUUUAUCUCUUUUACUUUUACAUAGUAAUAUUAUUACAACAACAUGACUGAAGAUUCAGGGCAACAAUAUAAUAUAUCAAUAUUAUAUCCAUAUUUACACACAUGAAUUAUAUCAACUUAUUUACAUUAUAUACGCUUAUAAACUUACAUUUCAUAUACAUAUAUGUUAAUGUUAAUAAUUUAUUUCUAUUCUCGCUAUGCCUCAAGACCAUUUAUGUCUUUGUCUUAUUACAAUAUUUUUACAUAUGCAUGUGUACGUAUACAUAUGUAUAUCGUAGCCACGUAGCGUAGUUUUUGGUAUACAAGUUAUGCAACGCAAUGUGUUUUACAGUUUUACUAAACGACUUAAAAACUAAAUUCGUUUUUUUAAACACGUUUUUUUUUUUUUUUGUUUUUUUUUUUUCUCUCCCCUUAGUUCACUUGAUUUUCAACUUUUCUCUCGCGCAGAGAAUAUACUACAGACACAUUGAUAUAGACGCUUAUGCAGGCAACUUAUAUUUACGUAAUUAAUCGUACAUUUAGGUACAUAUUCUUUAUUCGUUCAAUUUUUUCAAAUACGGAUGGAAGAGAGAAGAUUUACGUUCAUUUACAGUUUGAUUCUAUUAAAGAAUUUACAGAACAAAGAUAGGUAGGAUAGACCCAGGCGUAUUUUAAAGUAUAUUUAGGCGUUUUCUCGACAAAUUUCAACAUUGCACACGUAAAUAUGUAUAAGUAUUACGUCUAGCGUAGAGGUGUAUUAUAGACAGGGAGGGGGAAAGAGAGAGAGAGAAAGAGUUCAAGGUUUAGGAAAGAUUUUUUUUUUUUGAUCCAUCGUAUCAGACGGAAAUGAUAUUUAUCUUGGGGCAACGGACGAUGAAACGAUGAAGUAUAAAAAUGUAAAGAAAAUAUCUGGCAAUUAUGCAACCGUCGAAAGCUCUCGUUACACAUUAAUCAAGUAUUUUUUUGAAGAACACAAUAAAUUUAAAAAAUACAUUGAAGUACGAAUAAUUUGUACAAAAAUUAUAACCCUUGACCCGCUUUUUGUACGAAACGUUGACGUUGUACACAGAGGUGAGAAAGUACAAUGGAAUGAAUCGAGAUCUGUAUAAGAGUUUGUCCAACAAUCAUUUUUGUUUUCGCCUGCUGGUAGAAAAAUAUCGCAAGGUAGAACGUAUCUAAAACAUGCCAAUUAAGGUCAAGUGA